AUGACGGCCCUCCUACCGCCCAAUCUCCUAAAGCUUUUCGCACCGCGUCCGCCGGUACCCUAUCUCAAACCUUUGACGCGAGACGAAGCAAAAAGAGGCCCGAACAAGCUCUCCGGUCUCGCCGUCCUCCGACAGCGGCUGAAGGAAGAAGCAGAUGACGACGAGAUCAAGCAGGGUCUGGAGGACAAGCCCGUCACUAAGGACGAUAAAAUAUCGCGGAUGGGCGUGGUGGGUCAGGAAGCGAGGAAGAUGAGGGCGGAAGAGAGGAUCAAGAGGAAGGAACAGUACAAAAAGGACUCGGAGGCCAAUUAUAAGCCUAACGAAGAUCCUGCUGCGGCUGGCGACCCAUACAAAACACUCUUCAUAUCCCGACUGUCUAAAAAGGUCACAGAAGAUGAUCUGAGGAGAGAAUUCGAGAUCUACGGAACUAUUGAGCGGAUACGGCUUGUGUUGGAUCACAAGGGGAAGAGUAGGGGAUUUGCGUUUAUCGUAUACGAGAGAGAAAGAGAUAUGAAGGCCGCUUACAAGGACGCUGAAGGCAUCCCCAUGUACAACAAAAAGAUCCUCGUUGACGUCGAGCGCGGACGGACCGUCAAAGGCUGGAAGCCUCAGAAACUCGGUGGCGGUCUCGGCGGACGGCCAAAGCCCAUCAAGCCGGAAGAAAUGGCUGCUCCACCACCGAUGGGGUUCCCACAACGCGGGGGGUUCCGAGGCGGGUUCGGCGGUCGUGGAGGUGGCUUUGGCGAUCGCGGUGGAUUCCGAGGCGGGUUCCAGGGUGGAGAUCGCGGAGGCUUUGGCGGGCGAGGAGGUUUCGGGGGUGAUCGAGGCGGUGGCGGCGGGUUCAGGGGUGGCUUCGGUGGUGGGGGUGGCGAUCGCGAUGGCGGGCCUCCUCAGAACGGAUACGGCGGACCACCUGGCGGCGGGUACAAGCGCGAUUUCGAUGCCGGUGGUGGCGGUGGAGGGUACGGUGGCCCGCCCGGUGGAGGAGGGGGGUAUGGCGGUAGCGGAGGCAGCGAUGCGGGCGGGCCUGAUCCGAAGCGAAUGCGGUAUUGA